GGGAGAAACGAAGAGAGACAGACAUUUGUCUCAUGAACUGCAGCGUUUGGGCUCCAGCCCCUUGGCCUACGUGGCGGACGAGGCCAAGCCUGGCCGAGCCAUGCGCUUUGCGCGGUUCGCGCGCUGCCGGAAUGCCCAUCUCUCGGCGUGGUCCCGGACGAUGAACUUCCAGCUCCACCGUGGCAUCGCCACUGCGCCCCUUCUACGCCUCGCUUCAGAGAUCAGGCCGCAGAAUGGCUGGCCUGAGCAACGCUUCGGGUCCUGCUUGGGCUUUGCCAUGCAAGGCGAGGCCUCGCUGGAGAAUGGCUCAGCGGCCACAGACGCCGUGGCAGCCAUUUUGGCUACCAUCGUCGAGCUGGAUGCCGCCCUUGGCAGCAG